AUGGAUACUCAGUCAGAACGGCAAAAUUCAAUCUAUUCACCUCUCUUUUAUUCAUCACCAACUGGUUACAAGAUGCGAGGUCGAUUGUAUUUUAAUGGAGAUGGAAAUGCGCGUCGUACACAUAUGUCACUCUUUUUCGUACUUAUGCGAAGUGAAUAUGAUGCCAUUUUGAAAUUUCCAUUCAAUUUCAAGGUUACACUUUGUUUGUAUGAUCAAACUUCAGCUCAAAAACAUAUCAUUGAUUCCUUUCGACCCGAUAUUAAAUCGAAUAGUUUUCAGAGGCCUCGAUCGGAAAUGAAUAUUGCAAGUGGAAUACUCAAAUUUUGUCCAUUGGUAAUGAUUGAAUCAGAUGGUAAUCCAUAUGUUCGAGAUGACACUAUCUUCAUAAAGAUUAUGGUCGAUUUCAGCGAUAUACCGAAAACACUGCUACCAUAUACAUUGGGUCUAAAUCCUGGACUAUCAAUAAAUAUUCAGCAGACAAUGAUCAAGCAAGAAGCAGAACGACGAGCUCAAACCGAUGAGUCCUAG